GCAAACGUGUUGUGUUUCCAGUCGGACCACUUAGCCGGCGACUCAUCGAUCCACGCAAAGCGGCUACAGACUGGUCAUGUCUCCUUCACGGUCCAUUUUGCUGGUGGGAGAAGGGAACUUCUCUUUUUCUGCCUCCAUAAGCCAGUUUAACUUCGUGACGGCCACUUGUCUGCAGCAUCAAGAGGAGGCACUGCGGCAGGAGGGAGCAGCCGAUAACAUCCACAUCAUCAAGGACUCAGGCGGAGCUGUGCUUUUUGAAGUGGACUGUACAAAGCUCGGGGACUGUACCUCUCUGCAGGGAAGAGUGUUUGAUCGAGUGAUGUUUAACUUUCCUCACUGCGGGAGGAAGAGUGGGGUGAAGAAGAACCGACAACUUCUCAAAAAUUUCUUCCUCAGUUGUGUUCAGGUUUUGGCUGAAGACGGGGAGGUUCAUGUUUGCUUGUGCAACGGUCAGGGUGGGACACCAAUGGACCAGCCGAGGCGAGAGUGGCACAACAGCUGGCAGGUUGCUGCCAUGGCAGCAGAAGCACACCUUAUCCUCAGUGACGUCCAACCUUUUGAAAGUGAGAAAUACCGGAGCUACAAGUGCACUGGAUACAGGAGCCAGGAUAAGGGUUUUCAUGUGGAGAACGCUUUGCUCCACGUGUUUACGCGCAGCCUCCCCUACAGCUCUUCUCAGAUGCUCAGAGUGGAGGAGGCUGUUGAAGGAGAGAAAGUCCAGUACAACAUACAGGCUGAGCUCAGUGAUUACAUAUUCAGGGGAUUUCUUUCUUCAGGUUCUGUCCACCCUGUCAGGUUAGUACAAGAUUUUCUUCUUGAAGGACUAACAGAGAAAUGGUCAGUCUCCAUGACGACAGAGACUCUCCCCUUCCUCCUCACGGCCAAACAACUGCAGACGUGCUGCCAUGACAUAGAGAGUACACACUGCUUUUGGAUUCACCUGCUUCAGAAAGACCUCAACUCUGACAAUCAUACCGCUACAGAUAAAGAUCAGUUGACGUCUUCGGAUAGUCAGGAACACACAGGCACACAAAACACAUUGUCAGCCACAUGUGAGAAAGUAGACAGGGUGAGGUGCAAAGGAGCUGAGAGCUUAAGGUUCUGUUGUUCUCUUGAUGUUGAUCCUGAAGAGGAAAGUGGUCUUUAUAUGCUGCGUCCAUCGCUACGCCCUCAGAUGGAAGAGCUUCUAACUAGAAAAGAAGAGUUGAUAAACAGUGCUGGGAGUCGUGGGGAGACAGAGGGGACUCAUGAAAAUGUUGAAGAUGAAGGAAACAAGGAGGAGGAGCCCUGUGGGAGCUGUAAUGGUUUCACAAACUCACUGUUUGGCAUUAGUGGCAUUGUGUUCAGGAAUGUGCCCAUCAACAUCUGGGCUCUGCCUGUCUUUCAUGAACUUGUCCUCAGAGGUGUUUUCCCCUCAGAGAGUGACCCAAUCAAAUUGCUUGGACAAAGGCUUGAAACACUGCUUGCUCCCUAUGGGGUUUCCCUGGUUACAGAGCAAGGAGGUCUGCGUCUGACAGCACAGCCGAUGGGUUUGGUUGGUCAAGUGUUCACAAGUACUCCAGCUGAUGACACGAGCCAUGUAAGCGUCACUGUCUCCUUAAAUUUGGACCUCCUCGCCACGCUCCUGUUCUCAAUCCCUGACUGGCGACUGCUUUGGUCACAUGACCCACGCUUCUCAGAACAGUUUGCACUCCGCCCACCACUAGGGACAUCUUUCCUCCCAUACUCCUUGUUCCCCGAGCUCUUUAACUUUGAUAUCAGCUUCUGGACAGGGCCGAGCUGGGAGGAAAAGAAGUUUUACGCUGUGAUCCGAGAGGCCAGCUGUUGGACCGUGGAGCAAGUUAAACUCAUUGAUAUGUUCUCACAUCCCGACCUGAGUCAGACCAGUUACUGCUACCGACUCAUCUACCACUCAAACACCCACGCUUUGUCACACACACAAGCCCUCCAGUUUCACAAAGACUUAGAGUCCUUACUUUCCUCUCGGCUGCAAGUCACCAUCAGGUAGCUGGCAUUCACAUUCAAAACUUUAGUAGGAAAAAGGAUAUAACCUUCUUUUUCACAGGCAUCUCAGUUACCAGUCUGUUUGCAACUGCUAAUUAUAAGCUUAUAAUCGGCUGUAAUAAGUGUAGUUGAAUAGUGUUUACAGUAGUUGGGGCAUUGCUUGCUAUUGUACAUCUCUGAACUGUGAUUCUGUGUAUCAGUGUGUGUUUUUAUCAUCAUACAAUAAACCUGUUAUUUAAUGUUA